CGGCUCGUGUAGUCGGAAACUCUAUCGUUGUCCCCUAGAUUUCGGAAUAAACCUCGAUCAAGCAAGAGGGAUAACGUCGGUGACUGACUAGGCGGGAUUCGCGGCUCAGAAGUGACCGUCAUCCUAACGACGGACACACCGACCGUUACGUUAGCAGGGCUCUCGAUUUUUCACGUGGACGUCCGGCGUUGCAUUUCCGACCACGAGCACGAGCAGGAGCAGGAUCUCUCCGCUCGGCAACAGACCGAGUGCGGAGCGGGAGCGAGCGAGGGAAGAGAUGAGGUUCCGCUCGGUGUUCAGGGCUUCUCAGCUUCGAGGCGGAGCGCCGUUCGUGUCCUGCGAACCUGCAGCCUCCUCCUCUCGCCUCCACUCGCGGCCGAAGAGGUCUUCUUUCGGAAUCGCGUUCGACGUUGACGGAGUCGUUCUCCGGGGACGUGCUCCGGUCGGAGGCUCUUCCCGGGCUCUCCGACGAUUGUACGGUGAUUACGGCGUUUUGAAGGUUCCCUUUGUGUUCUUGACCAACGGAGGCGGUAUCCCGGAGUCUGCGCGUGCACUUGAACUGAGCCAGCAUCUGGGAGUGAACAUUUUACCUGCUCAGGUGCUGCAGGGUCAUUCUCCUUUCAGAAAUCUGUUGAAUAGAUAUGAAAAUGAACUCAUCGUGGCCACUGGGAAGGGAAACCCUGCUCUAGUGAUGUCUGAGUAUGGUUUCAAAAAAGUGUUAUCGAUGGACGAAUAUGCUUCCUGUUUCGAUAACAUUGAUCCUGUAUCUCAAUACAAAGCCUGGACAAGUGAUGAUGUCCUUGGCCCAAAUGGCUGCCUCAAGGAUUUGGGACCAGAGUGUGAUGUUUUCUCUGAGAGAGUGCAGGCUGCCUUUGUUGUCAGUGAUCCUGUAGAUUGGGGUAGAGACAUACAGGUUCUUUGUGACAUUCUAAGGUCUGGGGGGCUUCCAGGACAAUCGGGUGGACAUCAACCACCUUUAUAUUUUGCAGCUGAUGAUCUUGAAUAUCAGGCUGCUUUUCCGCUGGAGCGACUUGGGAUGGGUGCCUUUAGAAUUGCUUUAGAGAGUGUCUUCAACAGAAUUCAUCAUCAUCCUUUGGAGUAUGUUUCUUUCGGCAAACCUAAUCCGUUUGUGUUUGACAAUGCUGAAAUGACAUUGAGACAACUCUCACUUUCACACUGUGAUGUCUGUGGCACGGAUGAUGGACAUCCCCCGUCUCAUUCCUUCAGUACCCUUUACAUGGUCGGCGACAAUCCUUCUGUAGACAUCAAGGGUGCUCGACAGGCGGGACAUCCUUGGUUCUCUAUCUUGACCAGAACAGGUCUAUUCAAGGGAGAAGAUAACGACACGAGUUUUCCUGCAGAUCUGGUCGUUGAUACGGUCGAAGAGGCGGUGGACUACAUCUUGAGCAGCGAGUGCAGCUGACAGUUGUAGAGCCUGCUGCUAGUCUCUAAACCGAUGUGCCUUGUUUUUUUUUCCGCAAAGAAUCCGGAAUCAUUCAAUCUGGGGCGAAUUCGCCGUAUUUAUUUGGCUUUGAUCUAUUCUUUGUUUCAUCACGAGACUCGUGAAAGCGUUCAGAUUCCUUAAUUUAGCGAAAGGGACUCAAGUAAUUAUAUGUGGGGAGAUGGGGGAGAUGAAAUUCUUGCUAUC